CCAUGACUUCACAGUUUACAAGAUGAAAGCUGCGGCGCAUCUGUCACACAAGUCAGCGCUCAGACAUGUCUGUUACUGGACAUGUUGCACCGGGCAACAUCUGCUGCGUGUGGCCCGCUGCAGAGAAGCGAGGAGACACACACACACAAGCGGGGUUAUUUCAUCAAAACGCGUCCUACUGCACAUUCCAUGGAAACAUUAGAAAUGUGGGCUCCAUUUAAAGGGCACUUCUAUUGUUUGAUUGCGCCCCUUUUGUUCUGCGCAUUGAAUUAUGCUGCGGAUCUGAAGUUAUCUAGGUCAAGUUGUGCAGACAAAGAUGUCAGACCACAGGGCGGAGACUCCACACAAGCAAGCGAUCCUACCGCCGAGGAGGCGGAGCCACGGCCGGAUGCGUCGAGAGAAAAUGUCAACAACAUGCCGGCGACUUCCAGAGAGACAGAGACCGAGGCUGCUGCGAGGGACAGACAACAGAGACAGCGAGGAGACCAGGCGUCUCACAACGUCGUGUCUGUCAUAUCACAGCUCGCAGAUGAUCAUUUGACACUUGUGCGGAACAUAAGCACUGGGCUGGCGAUUGCUGGUGUUCUGGUAAUAGCAAGGAGCAUCAGACUGAUCACCAAAUUUCAAGCUGUGUCUGAGAUCCCGGCUCGUUUCAUCGAGAAGAACGUCAGCCUUCGUGGGAAAGUUCACUCCGUCACAGAGAAAGGACUUGAAGUGGAGCAUGUCCCGAUUCAUCUGCCAGUCCUCUCAUCACUACUUUCAAAACACAAGGGUGCGUCUACGUCUCCAUUGCUGGUGCGUCUUGCCGGUGUGGAGCUGACACCAGAGGGGAGGGAUUGGCUGCAGAAAAACCUGUCCCCUGCCAAAACAGUCUGGCUAAAACUGAUCAGCCGUGAGGACGACAUACUGCACUGUUUUGUGUCUCAAAGCAGGGGGUCGCUAUGGAACUACUGUGUGAACGAAGAGGUCCUGAAGCUCGGCCUCGCCCGCAGGGGGCCCAUCGCAGUCCAGCCUGACUCUCGCCUCCACUGGCGUCUCCACAAACGCCUGCACAGGGCAGAGGUCAAGGCCGAGAGGAAGGGGCGGGGUCUGUGGAAGGAGGACAGCCUAUGGGAGAGAGCGUCCAAGGCCAUCGGGGACAGUUCUUUACUCAGACUGAUGAGAAGGAUCUUCAAAAAGACUUAACUGAUUGAUCCAAGGCAGAAUGCAAAAAGAGGCGGUUGUCUUUAAGUUCUGACGUCAUCAAAAUGUGAUGUCUAUUUAUAUAUAACGGAGUUCCUGUUCUGUACAUAAAGUGUAAAAAGGGAGUCAGACAGCUUUGUUUGGGUAGAAAAAGUUACUUGGCUGUCAUGUGGGCACUUUUCAGGCAAUGAGAAAUAUAUAAUUUGCCUGAUAUCAUUUUACACUACAUGAAAAGCUGAUUUAUUUUGACUGUGUCUGUUAUAAUUUUAUUUAAUUACAUAUUUUUGAAACCCUGUCUCACAUCCUGAGGCUAAUCCCUCAGCUUUCACUUCACCCUAUUAACCCACAACUAAGCACAGCCCCCUGUGUGUGUGUGUGUCUGUGGGAGACCCCACUAAACACAAGAUGGGGGCGGGGUAUGUUAAUUGUUCAAAAUGGAGAGAGGGUGGGGGUGUCCACUUGUCCGUCUCUGAAAUCACUGUUGCUAUAGAAACACCCAAUGUGAAAUACAAAGGGGCUGAACUCUAUAUUGGCCGACUCAAACCCCACGGGAGCCUUACAUGCAGUGUGUGUGGUGGGGUCUUUAAGUGCCAAUGAAGAGGGUCCUUGUGUGUGUAAUGUGACCAGUAUUUAAGCACUGGGAAUGUGACCAAACCUGUAAGACGCCUUACAUUUUGAAGCACUGUGUGAUAUAAUUGUGAGACAGUGAGAUAAAUAAAGAUGUCUUUGUCAACACCUGGUGAAGA